CAAAAUCGACGGAUGAUGAUGAUGAUAGAUGACGAUGAUGAUCAUGAUGAUCAUGAAAGUGCGAUGUUCCUGCAACUAAUCAAAAAACAGUGUGCUGAGGGUAUUAUAGCUUGUCGCGACUCGGAUUUUCAUUUUCUUCAGACUUCAAACCUCAGAAUUCGAAGUAAGUAAAGAACAAUUAGUGACGUUGCGCUGAGAGGUAGGUUUUCGGAUUUUCUGAAAAAACAACGAAAAGAAAGCACGAUGGCGACGGCCGUUCAAUACCGCAAGUGGCUACUCGUGGCCGCACUUUCCUGGGCGUUAUUGGGAUGCUUUCAGGGGUACUCUAUAUUUAUUUCUGCCUCCUUCAUCCUCCGUAUGUGUAUUCGUUAAAUUUCUUCAUGUUGAUACAAUCUCCCUGGCCUCGUCGGGAGUGCACACCGCGACGGGCAGAAUUUUUUCGAUGCCCAAAGGGACAACAAAUGUGCACAGCAACAGGACUUUGAAAAGUUUAAAUUCUCACUAAAGGUUGGCAAUCGACAAGCUUGCGAACAAGCGGAUGGGGAAGGCUGCGUACCACUUGCUGCGGCACUUUUCGGAGCUGCUGAUCGGGUGCGCGCUCGCGUUUCCGUACGCAACGGCUUUGAGCGAAAAGAUGCAGAAGGUGUGUUUCGUUUGCCUGCAGAUCGCCCCGUUGUCGAACUUCUUGUCCUACAUGGUGAUUGCCAUCACUGACUGCCCCAACGAGUUGUUCAAGAACAGUCCGUAUGCGUGGCAAAUACGUCUGGUUCUGGAAACAUUUGAACUCGCUCGUGUCUGUCCCCAAGGGCGGCAUCGCAUGAAAAUUUGUCAUGCGUUGGAGCAAAGGCUCAGAUUUUUUUGGAGCGGGAACUCAGUUGGGUCAUGGUUAUACAAGACAGGUAAAAACUGGAAAGCGGAACGGAACCUUCAUUCAAACUAUGCUGUGGACUGCUGGCUUUGUCGGUCAUGAAGAAUCUGUAUGGCAGAAGAUUCAUAAAUUUUUCCGGGCCCAGACGUAUUUGUACUGCAUAGUCCGGAGUUAGUCAAGGCAGGCACGGGCGCCGGCAACAUUUGGACGACGAUCUCAACUCUGGGACUGACCGUAGUCACCUCGAGCGUCGUCGUCAUCGGGUUGUUGUCGCUGAUUUACGGAAUUGCGAAGGCUGACAGCGACGACGACGUCAGCUCCUCUGGCAGCAAAACCCGCGGGAAGACACCGAUGAAGAAAAAAUUAUAAUAUAACCAGCCCCGGGCUCCUUUUCGCGGAACCGAAAAGCAAAUGCAACCGCAGGGAUUACGUUUCAGAUACAACUAUCGAAAAGCACAAAAGUUUCCAUUUUACACACGACUACCGAUGUGUUACUGUUUCUGUUUCAGCAUCAGACAAGGUGCGCAUGCGUUUUGCACCGGGCUGCACCGCUGCAAGUACAACAGCAAGUUCCAGUAGAGAGAUUGUUGAUAAUAUUCAAAGAAUCGCGUUUUACGUCUACCGAAACAAGAACUACAAGACGACCUGUUUCACCUAUCGCAAUGAGCAUUAAAAG